AUGUCCAAAGGAAUGAAGCCUAAUGGCAAGGCACCUGCUUUUGCUGCAGCUCAACCGCCUCCGAACACUCUUAUCGCUGAAGGACUCCAGCAUUGUGCUGCUCAGCAGCCCGUUACAAUGCGACACCUGCAACAGCUUCUCAUAGAUAUUUUUCAUGAAGUCAAGAAAUCGCCAGAUUCUCCGGAGCCAACUGAAGCUACUAAGCCGGAGCAAAGCAAGUAUAAGGAAGGUAAUGAGGUGAAAGCUCGAGCAUCAAAGCUCGAAUUCAAGGAAGUCCAUGAAGUGUGGGACAAGGACAAGUCGAACUAUAAGAUUGUGGAAUCGGUGAGAGAGGACGAGGCGCUUGAUGAUCUUGAUCAAUAUAUAUUUGUUGUCCGGAAGCAGCUCGACCGGAUGACCAAGGAAACUAGGGCCUUCGUCGAUAUUAAGUCAAAGGUGUUGCUUGACGUGCUGCGAGAAAUACUGAGAGGUGUUAGGGCUAUCAGCUUGCGCGAGGAUAAGCCUUCGAUCGAGCGGAAUUUCCUGUACAACUUUCUUCCCGACCUCGAGGAGUACAUUACCAAGAAAGGAAGGGAUCAUGAUGACCCAUGUUCGAAGCAUGUGGACCUGCUCAUCAGGUAUAUCAAGAAUACCUAUGCUUCCACGAUCCAGAGUCUUUCACCACUUCUGAAAAGGGGAGAGAUCACCUACGACCUGCUUUGGACCAUUUUCAAGCCAGGGAUCUUCGUAUACAGUACCUGUCUAGGGACUGGCAAGCCCCGAUGUGUUAUAUUUGAUGCCGGAGAAGAGAAAACGAAAAUGAACGGGAUCAAAUACUUUAGCUUAGAUUGUCGCUAUCUGGACUUUGACGGUGAGGUAUUCGGUGAAGCCGGUACCCAGCUGGAGGUUGCCGGGUUCCACGGACCCAGACCCAUCCACACCCUCGAGGCUUUCCCUCUUGAUCACCACCCCAAUAAAUCAGGUGUCAUGACGUCUAUCAUCGACUUCGGCCGGAAAUUUUGCAGCUUGAAGGGCCAGCACAUUCGCCACUGCCGCGGCCGUGCUUUCUUCAAAGUGCGGGGAGAGAUAGUCCAGAUCUGUAUCAACAGUCGUGUCAUGGUCGACUCAGCCUUCUUUCGUCAGAUGAAUCCGAACUACACCAGACCGCGGAUCAAUCAGCGGAACGACUCCUAUGUGGAUAAUGACGGUAUCACCCACGUUAAUGUUUCGGCGUUUUUUGACAAUCAGGACCAGCGGAUGCGAGACCAGGUGAAAAGCAAUGGGAUGAACCCAUCCGAAAUGAAGGAUGUUGACUUCCUUAUUUGCUGUCCAACGGUUUUAGGGUUCUGUUUCAACGAGAACAUCUGGAUGGAGUUUGCUGUCGCCGAUCUCGAUCAAGUCGAAUGGUCAUCCGCACCCUUCGAAAACCUCAAGAUUCCGAGUCAGCAAAGGGACACGCUCUUAGCUCUAGCAAGGACUCGAUUAGGCCUGGUGCCUAGCGUCCCCUUUGAUGACUUUGUUACUGGCAAAGGGCGUGGCCUCAACGUGCUCCUAUAUGGACGUCCAGGUCUCGGAAAGACUUUCACCGCCGAGGCAUUGGCAGAGCACUUGCAGCGCCCUCUUUACAAAGUACCUGCAGGUGAAUUAAUCGGGGAUAGAUGCCUGGAGGAUCAUGUUUCCAACAUAUUUAAGACCGCUAGCCAUUUCAACGCUAUACUUCUUGUGGACGAAGCCGAUGUCUUUUUGCAUGGGCGCUCUGUCGGCGGAGUCCACGAUCAUUCCGUGACGGUCUUCCUCCGCAAACUUGAAUAUUUUGAGGGGGUUUUGUUUCUCACUACAAACCGUGUCGAUGAAUUUGACGAUGCUAUCCUCAGCAGGAUCCAUUAUAAGCUGAAGUAUGAGGCUUUGGGCCGGGAAUUCCGGAGAGAUGUCUGGAGGAGUUUCCUUUCAAAGUCGUGCACGCAUCAGGGAAGCCCGCAGCUGUCCAGUGAUGAGCUGCAUAAACUGGAGGGUUUGGACCUCAGUGCCCGAGAGAUCAGAAACCUGGCUAUGAUCGCCCAUGCACUCGCCACUGUCGGUAAAGAUCGUGUGUCUUACACCCAUCUGGAGCAGGCCGCGGAAUCGAACGAGGAAUUCGCGCGCGCAUUCAAUCGCACAGAGCGUCUCGAGACCAUGUACAAUUAG